AUACAGUUGGGAGUGUUGAUAGCUGAGGGUCCAUAACUCCCCUUCUAUGGGAUGGGAGUGGGACCCACCACCUAUAAUAAUAUGGAAGCUAUUUUCUUUCUAGUUGUAGUGGUUGGCUUGGCUAAGAAAAUGAGCAUAAUAUUUUUAGCAAGAAAUAUAGGUUAUGAGUUUUGAGUUUGAGUUUAAGUUUAAGGGGGUCCAAAAGAAAAUCAGCAAAGCAAAUUAGGCAACAAAACAAAACAAGAGAAUAAGUGUGUCUCCCUCUCUAUCUCUUAUUACUAUGGCUAACGACACAGGUUUGCGGUCAGGCUUGAUUUGGUUGGCUGCGGUGGUGGCUGUGGUUGGGGUAUGCACGUUGUCGUUUAAGAAAAUAGUGGGAACAUACUUGGUGGGAGUAGUGGGCCUUGCCGGGGUGUUUUGCCCAGACUGGGCUUAUUUCGACCGUGACUUCUCUCGCUGGAUCCACCCAGUUACCGCUGAUGAAAGGGCCUCUCAUGCUGCUUCUCACAGAUCUGGACUACCAAGAGUUAGGAUGUACCCAAUGAGAGUGAUCGGCUAUUCAAUAAUUUAUGGGCUUGGGCUGUACAAGUGGUGGAUGUUCGUCUCAAGCUAGUUUAGUUAAUUAAUCAUUUAAUCCACUUUGAUUACUUAUCUUUUUUUAGAGAUAAAACUUUUGUUUGAGGGCUACCGACUACUUCUUUCCUUUAAUUUGUAAUAUAAAUGUACCAAAAAUUUCAAAGUAAUUAUUUUUUUUUUUAGAUAA